CUUCACAGAGGAAAGAUAAUUUCUGGAGUGAGAGAGAGAACAUAAAACGGAGGGAUUUUGUUUGUGAGCUCGUGUUUGCUUAUAAUAAUUAUUUUCUUCUCCCAUUAGUUUUUCUUUUCAAAAUUCCUUCUCUCUCUCUGUUGAACGCGGAGGAGAGAGAGAGAGAGAGAAGGUUCAGUUUUUUCUGAUUAUCUCAUCUUUGCGUGUAUAGUGAUUGAUCGAGUUUUUCUCAUUUUCUCAUCUCUGCUUGUAUAGCGAAACGUUUCUCUUUCCCGUUCUUUUCUUCUUUUUUUUUUUUAGUUUUUUUGGGAUUUUGAGUUUUUUUUUUUAAUUUAUUUUUGUUAGUUUUGGGGGAUUGAAAGGGUGAUUAGGGUUUGGCUUUUCCGGAGACAGAAACCAUGAAUGUGAUGCGUCGAUUAAAAAGCAUUGCUUCUGGUCGUACUUCUAUAUCUUCUGAUCCCGAUGGUGACUCUUUGACAAAGAGGGUGAAGGUUGAUCAAGAAACGGAGCAGAAAAUUGAUGGGGAAUUAUACUUAGAUGAGAGAAGUGCCACUGGUAUGGAGCAGCAUAUUGCUUCUACAUCACUGGAAAAUGCUGCGAGCACAUCCAACACAUCUUCUAUGGCCAGAAUAGAAAAAUCUGUUUAUGAUAAGCUUCCCAAAGAGAUGAAUGAGAUGAGUAUGAGGGAUGAAAAACCGACCAACCAUAAGGAAAAGGAUGUGGAGGCUACCAUGGUGAGUGGUAAUGGAACAGAAACUGGUCAUGUAAUUGCUACAACAGUGGGUGGUCGGAAUGGAAAACCAAAACAGGUAAUCUCAUUUAUGGCAGAGCGUGUGGUUGGCACAGGUUCAUUUGGUGUUGUCUAUCAGGCUAAGUGCUUGGAAACUGGUGAAGCAGUUGCAAUAAAGAAGGUGCUGCAGGAUAGGAGAUACAAGAAUAGAGAACUUCAGAUCAUGCGAAUACUCAACCAUCCUAAUAUCGUUGAGCUAAAGCAUUGUUUCUUUUCAACUACUAAUAAAGAUGAACUCUAUCUUAACCUUGUCCUGGAGUAUAUACCUGAGACUGUCUACCGAGUGUCUAGGCACUUUAACAAGAUGAACCACCAACACAUGCCUAUUUUAUAUGUGCAACUGUAUACUUACCAGAUUUGUCGCGGCCUAAGUUACUUGCAUCACGUUGUUGGUGUUUGUCACCGUGAUAUUAAGCCGCAAAAUUUACUGGUCAAUCCCCAUUCUCACCAGGUAAAGAUAUGUGAUUUUGGAAGCGCAAAGAUGCUGGUGCCAGGUGAACCCAACAUAUCUUAUAUUUGCUCGCGAUAUUAUAGGGCACCAGAGCUUAUAUUUGGGGCUACAGCAUAUACAACUGCUAUUGAUAUGUGGUCUGCUGGCUGUGUCUUGGCUGAACUUCUGCUUGGUCAGCCACUGUUUCCUGGGGAAAGUGGUGUUGAUCAGCUGGUGGAAAUUAUCAAGGUUUUGGGAACACCAACAAGAGAAGAAAUUAAGUGCAUGAAUCCAAAUUACACUGAAUUUAAGUUCCCUCAGAUUAAAGCUCACCCAUGGCACAAGGUAUUUCACAAGCAAUUGCCCCUUGAAGCAGUGGAUCUUGUAUCCAGGCUGCUGCAAUAUUCACCAAAUCUACGGUGCAGCGCUUUGGAGGCAUGUGCUCACCCUUUCUUCGAUGAUUUGAGAAACCCCAAUGCAUGCUUGCCUAACGGACGAGCACUACCUCCUUUGUUCAAUUUUACGGCUCAAGAGUUGGCUGGUGCAUCUGCUGAACUGCGGCAGCGUCUAAUUCCGGAACAUGCGAGAAAAGAAGAUUGCUGAACCCUGGAUGUUGAGAACUUUUAAAUUUUUUGGAUGCUUAGACACCAAUGCAACCAAUCCUGCCUGCGCCAUUAGUUGAGGCUCAACCAUGAACCGUCAUCUUUUAACCCGCAUAAAUGUGGUUAGUAGACAAUAGGAGAGUUUUGACAAAGUCAGUGGCUGGUGGAUAUCCUGCCUGGGAGACUUUGUGGCGGAGGUGCAGAUUCCGGAUUCAGUCAAUGAGGAAGAUAGUUGGCAAUGAGGUUCCAAGUUCCAAGAUUUAAUUUAUUUAGAUGUGGGUGUACAUGGCUGAGUGAAUGUAAAUUGGGUUGUUAUAAUCAUGUUAUUCUGUUUCUCAUGUAGUGUAUGAGCAUUCGUUGAAAUAUCAACUUAAUGGAUCAUUAGAUGAAUUAGGAUGUCUCUGUACAUCUUACCUUGUUCCUUCAUGUGUUAUAGCAAAAUUCUAAUUGUCGGGUUUUGUGUUU